UAUGCAAAAAUCUUCUUUUUAAAAUUCCUCCAUUUAUUUACUUGUUUUUUCUGAUCUCUUCUCUCUUCCCAAGUAAACCUCUCUGCUUCACGUCUCUUCUUUGCUUGCGAUUUUCCUCUGACCUACGCAAGUCCCAGAAUCAGUUGAAAACACACACAAAAUCAUCUUCGAAUCAAUGGAUAUAAGUAAUGAGGCUAGUGUUGAUCCCUUUUCGAUUGGACCAUCAUCUAUCAUGGGUCGAACCAUUGCUUUCAGAGUCUUGUUCUGUAGAUCAAUGUCACAGCUUAGGCGUGAUCUCUUUCGGUUCUUGUUGCAUUGGUUUCUUAGAUUUAAGCUGACCGUAUCACCGUUUGUGUCGUGGUUUCAUCCCCGGAACCCUCAAGGGAUUUUAGCAGUGGUUACAAUCAUUGCUUUCGUGUUGAAACGUUACACGAAUGUGAAAAUAAAGGCGGAAAUGGCUUACAGGAGGAAAUUCUGGAGGAACAUGAUGCGGACGGCUUUGACUUAUGAGGAAUGGGCUCAUGCUGCUAAGAUGCUUGAAAAGGAGACACCAAAGAUGAAUGAAUCUGACCUCUAUGAUGAAGAAUUGGUUAAGAACAAGCUUCAGGAGCUUCGUCAUCGUCGCCAAGAAGGCUCACUUAGAGAUAUCAUGUUUUGUAUGAGAGCUGAUCUCGUGAGGAAUCUCGGUAAUAUGUGUAAUUCGGAGCUUCAUAAAGGUAGACUUCAGGUUCCUAGACAUAUCAAAGAGUAUAUAGACGAGGUCUCUACUCAAUUGAGAAUGGUUUGUAACUCGGACACGGAGGAGCUUGCUUUAGAAGAGAAGCUUUCCUUUAUGCAUGAAACACGGCACGCCUUUGGUAGAACGGCUUUGCUUUUGAGUGGUGGAGCUUCUCUUGGUGCGUUUCAUGUUGGUGUGGUUAGGACUCUGGUUGAGCAUAAGCUUUUACCUCGGAUAAUUGCUGGUUCUAGUGUUGGAUCCAUAAUUUGUGCUGUUGUGGCCUCAAGAUCUUGGCCAGAACUACAGAGUUUCUUUGAGAAUUCUUUGCAUUCUUUACAGUUCUUUGAUCAGCUCGGAGGCGUUUUCUCAAUCGUGAAACGGGUAAUGACACAAGGCGCUCUACACGAUAUCAGACAGUUGCAAUGUAUGCUUAGAAACCUCACAAGUAAUCUCACAUUCCAAGAAGCUUAUGACAUGACAGGAAGGAUUCUCGGGAUCACCGUUUGCUCCCCAAGAAAGCAUGAACCUCCUCGGUGUCUUAACUAUUUGACUUCGCCUCAUGUGGUUAUAUGGAGCGCAGUGACUGCAUCUUGUGCUUUUCCUGGUCUCUUUGAAGCUCAAGAACUAAUGGCUAAAGAUCGAAGUGGAGAAAUUGUACCGUAUCAUCCACCUUUCAAUUUGGAUCCAGAAGUAGGCACUAAUUCAUCUGGACGCCGGUGGAGAGAUGGUAGUUUGGAGGUUGAUUUACCAAUGAUGCAGCUUAAAGAACUGUUUAAUGUCAAUCAUUUUAUUGUGAGCCAAGCCAAUCCUCACAUUGCUCCGUUACUGCGUUUAAAGGAUUUAGUUCGAGCUUACGGUGGUAGAUUCGCCGCUAAGCUCGCACAUCUAGUGGAGAUGGAGGUCAAACAUAGAUGCAACCAGGUAUUAGAGCUCGGUUUUCCGCUCGGUGGACUGGCAAAGCUUUUUGCGCAGGAGUGGGAAGGUGAUGUAACAGUUGUAAUGCCUGCUACUCUUGCUCAGUACUCGAAGAUUAUACAAAACCCAACUCAUGUCGAGCUUCAGAAAGCGGCAAACCAAGGAAGAAGAUGCACUUGGGAGAAGCUCUCAGCCAUAAAAUCAAACUGUGGGAUCGAGCUUGCACUUGAUGAUUCUGUAGCUAUUCUUAACCAUAUGCGUAGGCUCAAGAAAAGCGCCGAGAGAGCCGCCACUGCCACGUCAUCGUCUCAUCACGGAUUAGCAUCAACCACCAGAUUCAAUGCUUCAAGAAGAAUCCCAUCUUGGAACGUCAUUGCCAGAGAGAACUCAACUGGUUCACUGGAUGACCUAGUCGCUGACAAUAACCUCCACGCUUCUUCGGGCAGGAAUUUAAGCGACAGUGAAACCGAGAGCGUGGAGUUGAGUUCUUGGACAAGAACUGGUGGACCUUUAAUGAGAACAGAAUCUGCUAAUAAGUUCAUUGAUUUUGUUCAGAGUCUUGAUAUCGACAUUGCAUUGGUCAGAGGAUUUAGUAGCAGUCCCAAUUCUCCAGCAGUUCCUCCUGGUGGCUCGUUUACUCCAAGCCCGAGAUCCAUAGCGGCUCACUCCGAGAGCGAAUCAAACAGCAAUAGCAACAAUCUUGGAACAAGCACUUCAAGCAUAACAGUUACUGAAGGUGACCUUCUACAGCCGGAGAGAACGAGUAACGGGUUUGUGUUAAACGUCGUAAAAAGAGAGAACUUGGGAAUGUCGUCAAUUGGGAAUCAAAAUACAGAGUUACCGGAGAGUGUACAGCUCGAUAUACCGGAGAAGGAGAUGGAUAAUAGCUCUGUAUCAGAACAUGAAGUAGACGAAGAAGAUAACGACAAUGAAGAAGAACAUAACGGCUCGAGUCUGGUUACUGUUUCUUCAGAAGAUUCCGGAUUACAAGAACCGGUGUCUGGUAGUGUUAUAGAUGCUUAGAGUGAUUGAUUCAAGUGAAUAGAUUUUUAAUUAAAUU